AUGGUUUGCACAUGUACAGAUUCGCAGCCUUUGGUUGAAACAAAAGCGACAGCUGACGAGAACCCGAUGAUGGCGGAUGGUUGUUGUUGUUGCUGCUCGGGUGAUGUUGAUAUCAUGUGCCGGCCCUGGUAUGCAGUCAACCAUCGGAAGCCACGUCAGGCCAAUGGCGAGAACGUUGAAGUGAAGUAUGAAAAGGAUGACGCCACCUAUUUAGGAGGAAUCGUGGAUGGAAAACGUGAAGGAUAUGGUGUCUACAAGAGCAACAUUGAAACGUACGAAGGACAGUGGAAGAACGACAAACAGCAUGGCAAUGGAAAACACUCGUGGAACGAUGGGCGUUCCUAUGAAGGUCAGUAUUUGAAUGGGCGAUUCUCUGGAAAGGGCAAGAUGGUCUGGACAACCGACAAGGGAAUCAUGACCUACGAAGGAGACUACCUGGAUGAUGCCAAGCACGGAUUUGGCAAGUUUACCUGGCCAAACAUGAACGUCUAUGAGGGUGGCUGGCAGACCGGAAAGCGCCAUGGCAAGGCAACGUUCACUACGCACCAAGGGAAGCAGAAGGUGGGAUUCUGGCAAGAGGACAAGUUCGUGCGAUGGGAAGCGGAGGAGAACGCUGUGGCCGGAUGAGGGUGAGCCAUUGCAUCCAGCGGCAAAGCCAACAGAUGCAGCGGUUUCACUCAGUGCGAGCCUGACUCUGGAAUUGAUCAGAGACAGUGAACACUGUCUUUCAGUGAGAUUUAAGAAGCGUGUGAUCAUCCAUGACACCCCUGGAUUUAUUAAAAGCUCCAGUUGCGCAGC